GUGCGCGCUCGGGAUUUUAUGUUUAAUUAGCAUAAAAGAUCUGCUGGAGAGCAGCAGGACUGUGCGUCACAGCCAUUGGCGAAGGUGGGAGGGGGAUACCUAUGGGAGCCAACAAACUGCAGUGUGUACUCCUUCCUUGGCCGACAAAAACCAUCUUGCCUGAUGCGAAAUGAUGACUUAGCUCACAGCGUUACAGGUGACCGGAGACAGCUGGGAGUGUCUGGGUGCCGGAGAGGCGCAGCAAACGGACCUAAAACAGCCAGAGCACUGAUGGAGCCGGCACUGUGAGGAGUGGGUGAAUCCCCAAUCUGGGAGUGCUUCCCGGGGCAAGCGCGUCACCUGAAUGACGGGAUAUGAGACAAUGAAGCAACUAGGGACGGCGGGGAUAAAACGAGUGCAAGUCACGCAAGUGGAAACGCGUGUGCGAUGACGAACAGCGCAAGGGACAGAGAAGAGGUAAAGCAGAGAAAAGUUAUUUAGUUAAUUGGAGUGCUGGAAAAGAAAACACAAUUUUUUAAAGAACACACACACAUGUGCCAAGUGUGUGUAAUUCUGUGAAAAGCAAACUGAGGAAGCAGAAUUUCUUUUUCAAAAGUCAAGACUUGAGUCAGAAAAGGAUAAAAUCAUGGAGCCGGAGGUGACCACAGAGGGCCAGAGCGCUAAUAUGGCACAGUCUGCCGCCUCUAAAUUGUCCCAGAUGGGUGAAAGAACUAAACAACUGGGCAAUGUAAUCCAAGACCCAGAACGACAGAAACGGAUUAUUCUAGUAAUAGUCUGCAUAGCACUUUUAUUAGACAACAUGCUGUACAUGGUAAUUGUGCCAAUUAUACCCGAUUACCUUGAAGACCUACAGAAUGCAGCGGAUCAAAGCCAAGCUGUUGCAACCAACUCCACUAACAGCACCCACAAGAUCACCAAGGGGAACUUCGAUCUGCAGAUAGGCGUUCUUUUUGCCUCUAAGGCCAUCCUGCAGCUCCUGGUCAACCCGCUAAGCGGCACAUUUAUAGACAGGGUCGGGUAUGAUAUCCCGCUCUUCAUCGGACUAAAUGUCAUGUUUCUCUCCACUGUUAUUUUUGCCUUUGCUGAAAACUACGCGACUCUCUUCCUGGCGCGCAGCAUGCAAGGCCUGGGCUCUGCUUUCGCCGACACAUCCGGGAUCGCUCUGAUCGCAGACAGGUACACAGAGGAGGCAGAAAGGAGCAAAGCGCUGGGCAUUGCCUUGGCUUUCAUCUCUUUUGGGAGUCUUGUGGCGCCCCCGUUUGGAGGGGUCCUCUAUGAAUUCGCAGGGAAGUCGGUGCCCUUCGUGAUUCUGGCCUGCAUCUGUCUCAUUGAUGGCAUAUUAUGUCUGACUGUGCUGAAGCCCUUCUCUAAUCGUGAGAGAGAAAACAUGCCAGUGGGUACCCCCAUAUACAAACUCAUGAUUGAUCCUUACAUAGCUGUUGUGGCCGGUGCUCUGAUCAUUUGUAACAUCCCCCUCGCUUUCCUCGAGCCCACUAUAGCCAACUGGAUGGAGGACACCAUGCAUGCCAGCCAGUGGGAGAUCGGCAUGACAUGGUUCCCCGCAUUCUUUCCUCAUGUCCUAGGUGUGUAUCUCACUGUGAAAUUAGCAGCCAAGUACCCCCAUCUGCAGUGGUUUUACGGGGCUAUAGGUAUGGUGUUUAUAGGCGCAAGCUCGUGCACAGUGCCAGCCUGCAAAAACUUUGGACAGCUGAUGAUUCCGCUGUGUGGCAUCUGCUUUGGAAUCGCCUUCGUGGACACGGCACUCCUACCAACUUUGGGUUUCUUAGUGGAUGUGCGCUACGUUUCAGUGUAUGGCAGUGUGUACGCGAUUGCAGACAUCUCCUACUGCGUGGCGUAUGCCCUGGGGCCCGUGGUGGCCGGACAGAUAGUGCACGACCUGGGCUUCGUUCAGCUCAACUUGGGCAUGGGGCUCGCCAACGUACUUUACGCACCGGCGCUGCUCCUGCUGAAGAACGUGACAGAAAUGAAGCCUUCUUUCUCCGAGCGAAACAUGCUCCUAGAAGACGGUCCAACGGGACUGUAUGAUACGAUUAAGAUGGAGCAACGGGAGAAAAAGAGAAAGGGUUUGUGUACAACGAUUGACGAGAAUGGCAUUGAGACCUUUGCUCAGCGCUCUUAUUCAGAGGAGGAAUCCUCUGGGGGAGAGUAUGCGUAAAAGACCUUUAGCUGGGUGUUAAACUAUCCAAGUGCCGAUGUAGAGUUGUCUGUAUCAUGUCCGAUUCAAUCAAUUGCAUAACACAAGUAUGACUGUGUAACAAUAUCAAUUACUUACCGCUUCUGGUGACAAGUUCUCUGGGAUUUGUCAAAUCGAGUAGGUUAAAGCUUUAGCAGAAAGGUGUUAGCUUGCGUUUCUUUAUUUAAAGGUGAGAUUCCUGUGAAAGAUUUUGUUGAGAUAAAUGUAUAUUAAUUAAGAGUAUUUAUCAUUGUAUCAGAAACUGACUCAUAUCGUGUUCAGGGAUUGUGCAAAUGUGUUUGAACAAAAGAAGAAAUGUGAUGCGUCUUUCAUUGUAAUCUGUAUUGUAUGUCACACGGCAGAUUGAGAAAGGUGGGGGGAAAAAGGAGAAAUCUGCUUUUACGUUUUAUUAAUUUUGGGGGUUUUUUCUGGAAUGCAUAGGAAUGUAUAGCCUCACUGUAUGAUGAUCUGCGACUGUACAUAAAUGUAUAUUCAUGUACAUAAUUAAAUCAACAUCAUGUGAAUGAUAUUGUUUAUUGAAAUGGUUUAUUUAGGGUACAAAUUGUAAUUUUUAUUCUGCAAUGUUAUUUUCCUCUAUAAAUGGAGAUAUAUAUACUUAGAAAGUUAUCGCAACUGAAGAAUGAUAUUUAAAUGUGUUGUUAAAACACGAAAGUGUCUCAUUUAAAGAUUCUGACAUGUUUUGCCUGUGGAAACAAAUUGGUUUGGAAAAAAAAUCUGAAAUUAAAGUUUUUAAGGCCAACAUAUUUGUGGUGCGCU